AUGGAAUUCAUCGGGACUGAGACUUUGACAAAGUUGUAUCACCGGUAUAGACUCGGCAAUGAUGGGACCAAUUCGAAUGGGCUUUUGAAGGGUGUAUCGUCAUUUCUGAAUUAUGCACUUGGGUCUAGUAACCAAGGAGAGCAAACUUCCGCUCAAUGGGUUCGAUUUGCCUUUCAUGAAUUUGUGACAGCAGACACUGCUACUGGUACAGGUGGUAUGGAUGCACCACCUGGCUUUGAAAGCACUCGCGGAGAAAAUCAUGGACUUUUCGUGAACGAUUUCUUGACUUUCUUCAAGCCAACGGUGAACGCGUAUCUAAGCAUGAGUGACAUCGCAGCUUUAGCAGUUGCCGCAUCGGUUGGGAAAUGCGGUGGUUCUAGUUCGGGAACAAGAUUACACGUCGGCCGAAUUGAUGCAACGUCGGCAGGUCGAGCUGGUGUACCGGGACCGGCAACAGAUUUGAACACUACUCUUUCUCAAUUUGCAGCAGCUGUAUUUCAUGCCAGUGAAGCCAUCACUCUAACAGCAUGUGGACAUUCAUUGGGCCGUGUUCACAAUUAUGACACUCCAAAUGUUGUCAACUCUUCUUUUGUGACAGCAACUAAUAUCGAUGAAGGUGAGCCAUUCGACUCGACUCCCGGUGUUUUGGAUCCAAAUAAUAUCAAUGAAUAUUUGAACGGUAAUGUAAGUCGUGGAGGUCCGCUAUGUACAGCGGCAAAUGUGGCAGAUCGAUCAGAUUAUCGUCUGUAUACAUCUGACAACAAUGCAGCCAUUCAAAGUAUGUCAGAGGAGAAAGCAUUUCAAACGAAAUGCAACUCGUUUCAACCCUAUGGAAUGGAAAGCAGUGGACGUGAUGAUGGAUAUGUCCUUGUCUGGAGAUGUUUCUAUCUCAGGACUUAUCCAAAUCUCUACACGACCAUCCGGCCUCCAAAAAAUAUCUCUUAUAGCACAACGUCUUCCACUGGAAACUCCUCCACCGGCACUAGCAGUAAUUCAUCCGGUACUGGAACUUCUAUCUUCGGCUCGACUAUCUAUUGGCCAUUCAAUAGUACGAUUGCUUCCGGGACGACAUCUUUGUCUUCCAACAACGUGUCUUAUCCAGUCAAUGACAACGUUUUUGUCUUGCCGGCACAAUCUUCCUUCGACUCAAGCAGUGGAUCUAUCAUUGUAAAAAGCGCUGCAUUAACAUCUGCCAGUGGUAAUGAAUAUAUGACGGCUGUUUUGUAUGUUCCCACGGAGGAAGAAGGGACUAUAAGCCCAAAGAUUGUACAGCAAAACGUAACGUUGACUUCGUUUGGUACCGCCGGAGCGUAUACUCUGUAUUCAAAUACGAUAAAGGUAUCUUCCACUGGGACAGUAAUUGCCAGAGUUGCUCAAGGUGAUUACUCGAGCCGAACUGUGAAGAGUACCACAUUUGCUUCGUAG